AUGUCCUCACUGUGGCGUUCGUGCCAUCAAGAGACGGAUGGCGGGGAGGAAGCAACACGGAGAGGAGACGACUUUGCAGAAAGGGGCCGCAGCGGAGACCGAGAGCCAACUGAGCGGUCACGUUUGCUACCUCGAAGACCGUAUUUGGAUCCUGAUGACCCAGCUGUCUCCCCAUAUAACCUCUGGAGCGUGCGAGCACUGCGAGGCCUCACGGUUCUCUUCCUGGUGAUGACUUUUGCCUGGUGGGUUCUGCUGCUGGUGUCACUCUUCGUCAGUCCGCCGAAAAUGAACAGCCGCGGGUCCGGGUUCUCCGAUUUCUCAUUUACGACUUUAACAAUGAGCAACCUGUUCAUUGCCCUGAUAUUCUUCUCCAUCCCGUCGAUGCCUAUGACGAUAUGGGGAGCCUCCUUAUGCCUAUUUCUAGCAGUGAACAUGUUCAUUGUGAUCGGCGUGCUGCGCCUGCGGGUCGAGGAGGGAUGGGUGGGGAUUGCAUCUGUCGUAUGGGCGACGAUUAUUUCACUCUACCUAUUAGCUCAGACCCGCUUCGUGGCAUGGGGCAAACGAGAGGAGGAAGAGCGCUUGACGGGCAGAGAAGAGACACGCCGACCGCUUAGAGAAUGGAUAGCCGUCCUCAUCGAGACGAUAGUCAUGACCGUCACCGUUCUCGUAUCUAUUUUGCUUAUGGCUACGCUGAUCCUGCGCGCCAAGGACGCCACCCUGCCCGCUCCAGGGAGUAAAUAUUACGUCGAUAACAGCAAAUACCAAGUCCACAUGGAGUGUGUUGGACAAACGCCCUCGACGAUGGGGGCCAACCGCAGCGCAACCGUCCUAGUCGAGGCGGGGGAAAUGCCAGUCGAGCACACCUUUCGGAGCUGGGUCCAUGAAGCGUAUCGCAACGGCUCGAUCGACCGCUACUGCUACUGGGACAGGCCUGGCAUGGGGUGGUCUGACAAUGCCCCCUCCCCGCACUCUGCGGGAAUGGCCGCCGAUGCCCUUUCCGAAGCCCUGGCCCUUGCAGGCGAGAGCGGUCCGUGGGUCGUCGUAUCCGCAGGCGUAGGUGGGAUAUACAGCCGCAUCUUUGCCAGCGGGCAUGCACAUGACGUCACCGGUAUGAUGCUUAUCGACUCCCUGCAUGAAGAUUUUCUACCCGAACUAGGGAAUCCACGACGGGGCUUCAUGCUGUGGGUUCGCGGUAUAUUCUCCCCGCUCGGCCUGGACAGGUUAUUCGGGGCGAUAGUCAAGGGCUACACGAGAGAAGACCGGGUGUAUGGUAAGCGGGCUUGGGAAGGCGGGAAAUUCACCAAGGCCAAGCUGCAGGAGAAUCUGGUUGCGGAUUCCACGACGAAGAGCGAAAUAUCAAACGCGAAGAAUAUCCAAUCCAGGUCCACGCGGCUGGUUGUGGUGAGUUCGGGUCUCGAAAUGAAGAAGAGCAAGAAGUGGGCGGACAAACAAAAGGAUUUGACCAAUAUAACUGAUACUCUGGUAGCAUGGGAUGUGGUCGAGGAUGCACCGCAUGAGGUUUGGCGAACGGAUUACGGCAGAGCCUUGCUUGGAGAGAGGUUGAAGAAACUGGUCAAGUUGUGA